AUGGAUUGGAUAUUUUCAACUAGAAAUAAUGAUAUCAUUUCAAAACGUUGUAAAUUAACUUUUCCAACUUUAAAAGCUUUAUUAUAUUUAACUGGUAGAAGUGAUCAAUUAUUUAAUAUUGAAAUUUUAACAAAUUAUUUUAAUAAUUUAGAUAAUAAUAAUUUAGAUGGUAAUAAUAAUAAUAAUAAUAACUCAAAUAAUAAAAAUAGUAAUAAUAAUAACGAUGAUUUAGUAUUUAAACAUUGUGGUAGAUUACUUUAUGAAGUUAUUCAAAGAGGUGAUUUAGAUUUUAUAAAUAAAUUUAUGGAACGUUAUUUUUCAGUAUUCAGAGAAAUUCAUACAUUUGAAAAGAUUUUACCACAAAUAGAACAACAACAACAACAGCAACAACAAAAAUUAAUAGUACCAAAAGUAGAUAGUAAAAUUCAAAAUCAAUCAAAUUUAACAACCUCAACUACAACUUUAGCUUCAACUUCAAUUACAACUACAACAACUACUUCAAAAUCUUUAGAAAAUUCUAUUCAAAAUAAAUCAGAGAUUAAAGAUAUUGAAAUGGAUGAUAGUUAUAAUCCUACAUUAGAUAAAGAAGUGAAGCUGACAAGUGAUAUAACUAUUGAACCACCACUGAGUAAAUUGUCAACUAAUUGUAAUAAUAAUAAUAAUGAUGGUAAUCUUGAUGAAAAUGAAAAAAUCAUUGGAACAAUUGAUGAAUAUUUUAAAAAAGAAUUAAUAUCAGAAACUUAUAAAACUAAUCCUUAUGGUAUUAAUGAAAAAAAUGAUAAUGAUGACAACGACAACAAAGAUGAUGAUGAUGAUGACGAUGAUGAUGAUGAUAAUCAUAAUAAUACACUAAAACCAUAUAAGGUUAUAGAUUUUAAAAGAGGUAGAACAAAAAAAGAUGAUAGAAAAGAAAAGAAAAAAUUAAAAUUAGAAAAAGAUAUUGAAAAGAAAAGAAUUGAAAAAGAAAAACAUAUUGAAAAACAAAGAAAAGAAUUUGAAAAAGAAAGAAAAAUCCAAGAAAAAGAGAAAAAUAAACAAGAAGAAAUUGAAAAAAAAGAAAAAUUAAAACAAGAAAUGAAAAAAUCAAAACCCUCAAAAAAAGAUUUACAAUUGAUCAAGUACAAUCAAUUUGGUCCAAAAGAAAUGAUUAAAUAUCGAUUGAUACCACCUCAAGAGUUUCCAAAUUCAAAAAUUCAAUUCCUUUUAACUUUUUUAAGUUUAUUAUCAAAGUUUGGUAGAUUAGAUAUCAUCAAAUAUUUAGAUCAAAAGUAUCCUUUUCUUUUAUCAAAGAAAUCAAGUUUAAAAAAUCAUAGUGCAAAAAUUGAACAUCGUCUCUUGAAUCCAAUUUUCACAAAGUCAGAUUUGGUUAAAAUUUUAUUAUUAGAUUCCUUAAAACAACUUGAAUCAUUACAAAAUAAUAAAAUUGAUUUAAAUAAAUCAUCAAAUGCAGUACCAAACAAUGUAUUAAAAACAUCAACAAAUUCAAUUCCAGAAAAUAAAGGUUUAAAAUCAUCAACAACAAAUUUAAAUAAGAGUGCUGGUUUAAAAUUAAGUCAAUUAUUUGUUAAUCCAUUAUUAUAUAGUGUUGCCUCUGAAGAUCAUAUGGUACUUCAGGUUUCACCAUCUGAAAAGCCACCAUCGCCACGUGAUAUUGAAGCUGCAAAUAAUGAAGAGGAUGACGAUAGCGAUAAUAUUCCAAUGAAUAAGGUUGAUUCCAAUUUAACCACUACUCCUGGUGGUGAAAAUAAUAAUAAUGAUGAUGAAGAAAUUACAGAUGAUGGUAAUGUUAAAGUUGUUCAAAGAAAUAAAUAUUUACAAAAAUGGGAUGAGAUUUGGUCUAAAUUUCAAGGUAUUAUUUUAUUGGUACUUAGUGCUGGUCUUUUUUCAGUUAUGGCAUUAGCAGUUAAACAACUUUCAAAAGAAUUAUCAUCAUUAGAGAUUACUUUCUUUCGUCCAAAAGAAAAGCGUUUAUUCUUAUCAUUACGUGGUCUUUCAGGUACUAUUGGUUUAUGCACUUAUUUCUAUACCAUCACAGUUUUACCAUUAUCAGAAGCUGUAAUCAUUUCAUUCACUAAUCCAGUUAUGACCGCUGCAUUAGCUGCGGUACUAUUAAAAGAGAAAUGGGGACCAGUUCAAGCAAUAUGUGCAUUCUUAUCAUUAUGUGGUAUUACAGUUAUUUCAAAACCAUCAUUCCUUUUCCACGAUGAUCAUAAUGAUGGUUCAAGUGCAAGUCAUGCUGAAAGUGAUCCACAUAAAUUAUUAUAUAUUUUUAUAGGUAUUAUAGGUGCAUUCUUUGGUGCAAUCUCUUAUAUCGCAGUGAGAAAGGUGUGUCCAAAUGUGCAUGCAUUUGUAUUGGUAACUUAUUUCUCUGGUUUAGCUUCACUAGUUACUUUUCCAUCAGCUUUCAUAUUCCAAACUUUCAAAUGA